AUGGCUUCAGAAGCUCAGCCUCCUCCGUUUUCUUCUGCAGUACUUAGGCCUUCUCCUCUGUUCAUCAUUGCUUUGUUCAUCUUGGGCCCUCAAUGGCCAGAAGGAACAACAGCCUUCCCUACAAUGCCUCUCUCCAGCCUCUUUGCCAACGCAGUACUAAGAGCCCAGCAUCUUCACCUGCUUGCAACAGAUACCUUCAAGGAAUUUGAACGCUCCUACAUCCCAGAAGACCAACGCCAGUCCAACAAGAACAUUCAGUCUGCAUUUUGUUCCUCGGAAACUAUCCCUGCACCCACAGGGAAGGAUGAUGCCCAGCAAAAAACAGACAUGGAGUUGCUCAGGUUUUCACUCAUCCUCAUUCAGUCAUGGCUAAGUCCUGUUCAGCACCUCAGUCGGAUGUUCAGCAAUACUCUAGUCUUUGGGACGUCAGAUAGAGUCUAUGAAAAACUUCAGGACUUGGAACAAGGAAUCCAGGCUCUAAUGAGGGAACUGGAGGAUGGGAGCUCUCGGGGCCUUCAGCUCUUCAGGCCUACUUAUGACAAGUUUGAAUCCAACCUCCGGAAUGAAGGCUCCUUGCUGAAAAACUAUGGUCUUCUGUCCUGCUUCAAAAAAGACCUGCACAAGGUGGAGACCUAUCUAAAAGUGAUGAAAUGCAGGCAUUUCGGGGAAAUUAACUGCACCAUCUGA